AGCAAGAUGUGCAUCAUCAAACGCGUGACAUUGAGCUCUGGCUGGACUGAAGGCAUGAUCUCUGCAAGAUUUGUCUGCCAGGAUGCGAAAUUGACGCGAGACGUUUCGGAGGGUUCACAGAUAUUGGAGAGACUCUACACCCUCGAAGAUGUGUAGCAAGACUUCGGGUGGUAAGGUCUACAUGUUAUGCAAUGCAUGUCAUACAAGAGACAUGUAUCGUGAAAAGGGGGUGGAAGAGGGGCAACGAACGCUGGUGGGGAAACGCGAAAUGACGCGCUAGUGCUGCUUAUGUCAUAAGUCCGCAUCAUCACCCUGCGACCACUUGUGAGCAUCCUGUCUCUCUGGUACAAACGCGAGAUCUAUCUUGAUGCGUAAAUGCAGCACUUCUUAAGGCUUGCUGAAAACAUUAGGGCCGUCACGUGAGUUGCAGGCGUGAAUGCGUUUGUGUGGUGGACCUGCUUUUUUUUUCGGAUUUACUUCUUCAGCUCAAACCCGCUCCUCCGAAGCUCGAUCCUUACAGCCCCCCAUGUCAGCUCUUACGACUCCGAACGGCAGCGCUCGUAACGGAACAGAUACCGUCGUCUCAGGUAGAGUCUCGAAGAACCCAAAAGCAUGCGAGGAGUGUCGACGCAGAAAGCAGAAGUGUGAUGGCAAAACGCCAUGCAAUCUGUGCAGUAAGCGGAACAGCCAAUGCACUUAUCGAUCCUACAUUCGACAGCGUGCCGGGCGGGCGUCUUCAACAUACCAAAACUCAUCGGUGACACCUAGCAAAGAAAUUCCCUCAAACAGUCUACCUCGAGAGACCAUUGCGGCACCAAUCAACAAUGACAACGAUGAACCCUCAGACGGCCUGCCUCGGUCAAUGCCGCCCCGUUUAGCAAUCUUCAAUAACAUUCGAGCAACACAGGAUACAUCACGAGGAAGAACCGAAUUGUUCUACGGAGCUUCAUCGCCAUUCUCUGUCUUGCAGCAUCUCGAUGCUCACCUUCCUAUGCAAGGAGCGCGUGCUGUCUAUCCUAGUCUUGGUGCGGAAGCGGUUCAGAACGGUGACAGGAGUAUCAGGAGCUACAACUACCAGAACAUUAUUUUCGACCAUCUACCAGAUCCUAUUCCGUACCUUAAUGGCUUCGACGCUACCAGCUAUGCCUCAGCAAAGAUUGCAUUACGUAACUUCUUGGUGACAGCGUGCCCUCGAUUGCCGUUCCUAGACUCAAACACUCUGUGCGCCAAUUUCGAAAAGUUGUACAGUCUGAAUGGUGGUACUAUCCUGUCCACUGCCUGUAGAGCUCUGGUUAUCGCCGCACUGGGGUUGGGUGCAUUGCCGCUCACUGACCUUCCAUACAGGCAGCUUUUUCUUGCGCAAGCUCGAACAGAAGCAGUAACCAUAAUGUACGAUAUCAAUACAAAGACGGUGCAAGCGAGUCUGAUGUUGGCGCAAUUCGAAUUCGAGGCUGGUAGUCCAAACAUCUGCUACCUGCACCUUGGCGGCGCUAUUCGCAAAGCAUUUGCGGCUGGAGUGCAUAGGAGCAACACCCACGAAUCGGAACAAACAAUGUGGACUUUGUAUUGCAAUGAAAGCUUGAUAUGCUUCAUAUUGGGUAAACAACCCGGCUUGGCUGAUGAAGACAUCGCCUUCCCACGGCCUGAGGAUACAUCUUAUAUGGCCUACUUCGUUCGGCUGUGUGCUAUUGUUCGCUCUGCCUAUCGAAUCUAUCAUCUUGACGAUACGGUUAUGGCGGAUCUAACUGCCGCUCAAGCUGUAUAUCAACAGCUGUACGGGUUUUCGACACUACUCAAAGAGAACACUCGGCUCGAGAUUGGUGGCCAACUCUACGCGCUAGCAGGAGAGGAUCUAGCGUGGCACAUCACCUUCUCAUACGUGUUCUAUGUGACGAAGUUGCUGCUCUUCAGACCGUUCCUGCUAUUGUGUCUGGAGUUGAAACGCCGUGGAGUGAUAGACAUUCUUAAGGAGCGCAACGGCGGUGUCGAGAUGACAGUGCUGUAUGAGACUGCCGAGCGCUCCGUUGGCUCUGCAAGAGACAUUAUUAAUUUCAGCGACUCCUUGUUUUUGUUGCAGAUCGGGACCGAGGGCCUGUACAAUCAUGGGUUUUAUCUCGAGAGUGCAUGUUUCAUACUUGCGCUUGCAGCUGUUCACCACAGCAGCCAUCUUUCUUCUGACUGCUUCGAGAAGCUUCACAUCGGUUUUAAACUACUACGACAAUUGGGAUCUCACGAGCCUGUGCGAAGCACUAGCGCAGCAGUAGAGCAAAUGAUCAACAGGAUUCGUGAGUUACCAGGAAGACCCGGGUCAGGUGUUGGGCAAACUGUCGAUGAUGGCCAGUUAUCGACUGCCAUGAGCAGCCCGUCGAAUCCCACAACCCAGCCAGCCGUCUCGCUUGAGGCCACAUCCGCCCUCGACCCUAUGCAAGAUGCUUUGAAUACCGUUGGGUGGGAUCAUGACCUUUCUUUGGACGACUUGUGGUCCAUGAUGGACUGGAAUGUUGGAUUUUCAUCGAUGGAUCCCAUCUCAACGACCAUGGCAGAACUGUGA